GCUGGGCUCGUCACUGCGCCCCUGCCUCCCCUCCCGGCCCCCCUGCGCAGAAUAAGCUGUUUUCUCGUAUAUGUUGGGUACCAUAGAGUGACUGAGAACAGGAAGCGGAGGCAGAAGCAGAGAGCAUUCUGGAAAGGUCUCUGUAUUUUCCACCGAGAAUACAGAAAUUGGGAUCAAUUAGUAAGGCUUUGUGGAUGGAAAUCUGGACUGUUUCAGGAGGAGACAUGUAUUACAUUAUUUUUGGAUGUUGGGCUUUGCAGUGAUUUUUCAUUCUCUUUCAAUCAGAGCUUCUACUGUGGCUGUUCAUGCUCACUGUAUUUGGAGAAAAGUAUUAUUAAGAGCUGCUUUCACAAGAGCAGAGACCUAAAAGAGAGGGAUGUGUUCUUCUUUUCUUCUAUAGGAGUAAAAGCAAAAUAACAUAAAACAGUAAAAAAAAAAAAAAAAAAAGCCAGAAGCAUAUCUAGAUGAGAUAUCUAAAUGACAAUAAAUGUCUUAAAGACAGCUCAUCUGAAUCUCAAUGCCUGAAGACGAAUAUGUGUAAGAUUGCUCUUAGGCUGGAAAAAUAUGUCUAUGUGAAUAUGUAGACUUACCCUUGUCUACUGUAAUUAAUUUUUGAGAAGCUUUGGACACAGGAACAAAGAAUGAGAAAGUUUUGAAUGAACUGCAGUCUUGAAGACACUUCAGGUCCCAAGGAGAAGCCUUCCCUGCCAAUUCAUUUUCUGCCAGAAAUGCAGCGUUUUUCUUUUCACAUUAGCAAAACAUGCAGAGGUUAAAUUCUGAGAUUUGGCAUUUCUUAGAAGAAUAAAGGUUUCUCCAAUACUUCAAGUAUUGACACUUGAUCUCUUUUCACACAUUCUCAGAGGAAACUCAUGGUGUUAAAGAAAAUACAAGGCAGGCUUACAUUUAAAAAAUUCCUAGAGGUUUUGGUCAACUUUAUCUAUAAGAUAAACGGGUCAGAUAAUUUAUUUUGGGAGUUCUACAACUUGCAGGUCAUUCUUAUGCAAGAAGCUAAAAGUAAUUAAAUUUGCAGGAUGAAAACAUGGCACAGGCACUGCUGGUACCACCUGGACCUGAAAGCUUCCGCUAUUUUACUAGAGAUUCUCUCGCAGCUAUUGAAAAGCGUUCUGCAGAAGAAAAAGCUAAAAAGCCCAAGCAAGAACAUACAGAUGAUGAUGAUGAAAAUGGUCCAAAACCAAACAGUGACUUGGAGGCAGGAAAGACACUGCCAUUUAUUUAUGGUGACAUACCUCCAGGAAUGGUGUCUGAACCUUUGGAAGACCUGGACCCAUAUUAUAUCAAUAAAAAAACUUUCAUAGUAUUGAAUAAGGGAAAAGCAAUUUUCCGAUUCAGUGCCACAUCUGCCUUGUAUAUUUUAACUCCUUUUAAUCCCAUCAGAAAAAUUGCUAUCAAGAUUUUGGUACAUUCAUUAUUCAGCAUGCUUAUCAUGUGCACUAUUUUGACAAACUGUGUAUUUAUGACCAUGAGUAACCCUCCAGACUGGACAAAGAAUGUAGAGUACACUUUCACUGGAAUUUAUACCUUUGAAUCACUUAUCAAAAUUCUUGCAAGGGGCUUCUGCUUAGAAGGUUUUACUUUUCUGCGAGAUCCAUGGAACUGGCUUGACUUCAGUGUCAUUUUAAUGGCAUAUGUGACAGAGUUUGUGGACCUGGGCAAUGUCUCAGCGUUGAGAACAUUCAGAGUUCUCCGAGCUUUGAAAACAAUAUCAGUCAUUCCAGGCCUGAAGACCAUUGUAGGAGCCCUGAUUCAGUCUGUGAAGAAGCUCUCGGAUGUGAUGAUCCUGACUGUGUUUUGUCUGAGUGUAUUUGCGCUGAUAGGGCUGCAGCUGUUCAUGGGCAACCUGAGGAAUAAAUGCCUGCAGUGGCCUCCAGACAAUUCUACUUUUGAGAUAAACAUUAUUUCCUACUUUAACAGCACAAUGAAUGAAAACGGUACUUUUGUUAACAUGACAGUGAGCACGUUUAACUGGAAGGAUUACAUUGAAGAUGAAACUCAUUUUUACAUUUUGGAAGGACAAAGAGAUGCCCUACUUUGUGGUAAUAGCUCUGAUGCAGGGCAAUGCCCAGAAGGAUAUAUAUGUGUGAAAGCGGGCAGAAACCCCAAUUAUGGCUACACAAGUUUUGACACCUUCAGCUGGGCUUUCUUGUCACUGUUUCGGCUAAUGACUCAGGACUUCUGGGAGAACCUCUAUCAGCUGACACUGCGUGCUGCUGGGAAGACAUACAUGAUAUUUUUUGUUCUGGUGAUUUUUCUGGGCUCUUUCUAUCUGAUAAACCUGAUCCUGGCUGUGGUGGCCAUGGCCUAUGAAGAACAGAACCAGGCAACAAUGGAAGAAGCAGAGCAGAAGGAGGCAGAAUUUCAGCAGAUGCUGGAACAACUGAAGAAGCAGCAAGAAGAAGCUCAGACAACAGCAGCAGUAGCAGCGGCAUCGGUUGCAUCAAGAGAUUUCAGUGGUGUAGGGGGAUUAGGAGAACUCCUGGAAAGCUCUUCAGAAGCAUCAAAGUUGAGCUCAAAGAGUGCUAAAGAAAGAAGAAACAGAAGGAAGAAAAGAAGACAGAAAGAAAUGUCUGAAGCAGAGGACAAAGGAGAUAUCGAUAAGUUCCCCAAGUCUGAAUCAGAGGACAGUAUCAGAAGGAAAAGUUUCCGCUUCUCCACAGAAGGAAGUCAAUUGACAUAUGAAAAAAGGCUCACUUCUCCUCACCAGUCUUUGUUAAGCAUUCGUGGUUCUCUGUUCUCACCAAGACGCAACAGCAAAACCAGCAUUUUCAGUUUCAGAGGUCAUGCAAAGGAUAUAGGAUCUGAAAAUGACUUUGCUGAUGAUGAACACAGCACUCUUGAAGACAAUGAGAGCAGAAGAGAUUCUCUCUUUGUUCCAAAUCGACAUGGAGAGAGGCGCAACAGCAGCAUUAGUCAGGCCAGUGUGUCAUCUAGAAUGAUACCAGCCCUUCCAGUGAAUGGGAAGAUGCACAGCACUGUGGAUUGCAAUGGAGUGGUUUCCUUGGUUGGAGGACCUUCAACUCUGACUUCACCUACUGGUCAGCUUAUACCAGAGGUAAUUGGCACCACUACAGAAACAGAAAUAAGGAAAAGAAGACUGAGUUCAUAUCAAAUUUCCAUGGAAAUGCUGGAAGAGUCUGCUGCAAGACAAAGAGCAAUGAGCAUAGCCAGCAUACUUACAAAUACAAUGGAAGAGCUUGAAGAAUCCAGACAGAAAUGCCCACCAUGCUGGUACAGAUUUGCAAAUACAUUCUUGAUCUGGGAUUGUUGGAGUCCAUGGUUAAAAGUAAAGCAUGUCGUCAAUUUAGUUGUGAUGGAUCCAUUUGUUGAUCUUGCUAUAACUAUUUGCAUUGUUUUAAACACCUUGUUCAUGGCCAUGGAACAUUACCCAAUGACAGAACAGUUCAGCAGUGUCCUUUCUGUGGGGAACCUGGUAUUCACUGGGAUAUUUACAGCAGAAAUGGUACUAAAGAUUAUUGCCAUGGACCCUUAUUAUUAUUUCCAAGAAGGCUGGAAUAUUUUUGAUGGUAUUAUCGUUAGCCUUAGUUUAAUGGAGCUUGGUCUUGCAAAUGUUGAAGGAUUAUCUGUUCUUCGGUCAUUCAGAUUGCUUCGAGUUUUCAAAUUGGCAAAAUCUUGGCCUACUCUAAAUAUGCUCAUAAAGAUUAUUGGCAACUCAGUGGGGGCUCUGGGGAACCUGACCCUGGUGCUGGCCAUCAUUGUGUUCAUUUUCGCUGUGGUUGGGAUGCAGCUCUUUGGGAAGAGCUACAAGGAAUGUGUCUGCAAGAUCUCCAGUGACUGUGUGCUCCCUCGCUGGCACAUGCACGACUUUUUCCACUCUUUCCUGAUUGUAUUCCGAGUGCUGUGUGGGGAAUGGAUUGAAACCAUGUGGGACUGCAUGGAGGUUGCAGGCCAAACCAUGUGCCUUAUUGUUUUCAUGCUAGUCAUGGUGAUUGGAAACCUAGUGGUAUUGAACCUAUUUCUGGCCUUGCUGCUGAGCUCUUUUAGUUCAGACAACCUUGCUGCUACAGACGAUGAUAAUGAAAUGAACAAUCUCCAGAUUGCUGUGGCAAGGAUUCAGAAAGGCAUAGAUUAUGUUAAAAAAAAGAUACGGGAGUUCAUCCGAAAAGCCUUUGUUAGAAAGCAGAAAUCUUUAGAGGAAAUCAAAGCACUUGAAGAGCUAAACAACAAGAAAGACAGCUGCAUUUCCAAUCAUACUGCCGUUGAAAUAAGCAAAGACCUGAAUUAUCUCAAAGACGGGAAUGGAACCACCAGUGGUGUAGGCACAGGCAGCAGUGUGGAAAAAUAUGUAAUUGAUGAAAAUGAUUACAUGUCAUUCAUAAACAACCCAGGCCUCACUGUGACAGUGCCCAUUGCACUUGGAGAAUCAGAUUUUGAAAAUUUAAAUACAGAAGAAUUUAGCAGUGAAUCUGAUAUGGAAGAAAGCAAACAGAAACUAAAUGCAUCAAGCUCAUCAGAAGGCAGCACUGUUGAUAUUGCUCCUCCUGGAGAGGGCGAGCAAGCAGAAAUUGAAAGUGAAGAAGCUCUUGAACCAGAAGCCUGUUUUACUGAAGGUUGUGUACAGAAAUUUCCAUGUUGUCAAGUAAGUAUAGAAGAUGGCAAAGGAAAAACUUGGUGGAAUCUUAGAAAAACCUGCUACAGCAUAGUUGAGCACAACUGGUUUGAGACUUUCAUUGUAUUCAUGAUUCUCCUCAGCAGUGGAGCACUAGCUUUUGAAGACAUAUAUAUUGAACAGCGCAAAACUAUCAAGACCAUGCUGGAAUACGCUGACAAAGUUUUUACGUAUAUUUUCAUUUUGGAAAUGCUUUUAAAAUGGGUAGCAUAUGGUUUUCAAAUAUAUUUUACUAAUGCCUGGUGCUGGCUGGACUUCCUGAUUGUUGAUGUCUCAUUGGUUAGUUUAAUAGCCAAUGCUCUGGGCUAUUCUGAACUUGGUGCCAUUAAAUCGCUACGGACAUUAAGAGCUUUAAGACCUUUAAGAGCCUUGUCACGAUUUGAAGGAAUGAGGGUGGUUGUAAAUGCCCUUGUAGGAGCAAUCCCAUCUAUCAUGAAUGUAUUGCUGGUAUGUCUUAUAUUCUGGCUAAUCUUCAGCAUCAUGGGAGUAAAUCUUUUUGCUGGGAAAUUCUAUCACUGUGUCAACACCACAACUGGUGAGAUGUUUGAUAUCAGUGAUGUCAACAAUUAUACUCAGUGUGUGGAACUCAUAAAAAGCAAUCAAAGUGCCCGAUGGAAGAAUGUGAAAGUAAACUUCGAUAAUGUAGGAGCUGGAUAUCUUGCUCUGCUUCAAGUAGCUACUUUCAAAGGAUGGAUGGAUAUUAUGUAUGCUGCUGUUGAUUCACGAGAUGUAAAAGAUCAACCUAAGUAUGAAGACAACUUGUAUAUGUACCUCUAUUUUGUCAUCUUUAUCAUAUUUGGAUCAUUUUUUACCUUGAACCUUUUCAUUGGUGUUAUUAUAGACAACUUCAACCAACAAAAAAAGAAGUUUGGAGGUCAGGAUAUAUUUAUGACAGAAGAACAGAAGAAAUAUUACAAUGCAAUGAAAAAAUUGGGAUCCAAAAAGCCACAGAAACCUAUACCGAGGCCAGUGAACAAAUUCCAAGGCAUGAUCUUUGAUUUUGUAACCAAACAAGUAUUUGACAUCAGCAUCAUGAUUCUCAUCUGCCUUAACAUGGUCACAAUGAUGGUAGAAACAGAUGAUCAGAGUAAAGAAAUGGAAACAAUUUUAUCCCGGAUUAACCUGGUGUUCAUUGUCCUUUUCACUGGAGAAUUUGUCCUGAAAUUAAUUUCACUUCGCCAUUACUACUUCACUAUAGGCUGGAAUAUUUUUGAUUUUGUGGUUGUGAUUCUCUCCAUAGUAGGUAUGUUUUUGGCUGAGAUGAUUGAGAAGUACUUUGUAUCUCCCACACUAUUCAGAGUCAUCCGGCUUGCCAGGAUCGGUCGAAUCCUGCGCCUCAUUAAAGGCGCUAAGGGAAUCCGCACUCUGCUUUUUGCUUUGAUGAUGUCUCUCCCUGCUUUGUUCAACAUUGGGCUGCUGCUCUUCCUGGUCAUGUUCAUCUAUGCCAUAUUUGGCAUGUCCAACUUUGCCUACGUCAAGAGGGAAGUUGGGAUUGAUGACAUGUUCAACUUUGAAACGUUUGGCAACAGCAUGAUCUGCCUGUUCCAGAUCACCACGUCCGCUGGCUGGGACGGUUUGCUCGCCCCAAUUCUCAACAGUGGGGAGCCGGACUGUGACCCCCAUAAAGAUCAUCCAGGGAGCUCUGUGAAAGGUGACUGUGGCAACCCUUCUGUUGGGAUUUUCUUCUUUGUCAGCUACAUUAUCAUAUCUUUUCUGGUAGUGGUGAACAUGUACAUUGCUGUGAUUUUGGAGAACUUCAGUGUUGCUACUGAAGAAAGCGCUGAACCCUUGAGCGAGGAUGACUUUGAGAUGUUCUAUGAAGUCUGGGAGAAGUUUGACCCCGAUGCAACACAAUUUAUAGAAUAUAGUAAAUUAUCAGAUUUUGCUGCUUCAUUAGAUCCACCUCUUCUCAUAGCAAAACCCAACAAAGUCCAGCUUAUUGCAAUGGAUCUGCCCAUGGUGAGCGGUGACAGAAUUCACUGCCUUGACAUCUUGUUUGCUUUCACAAAGCGUGUUUUGGGGGAAAGUGGGGAGAUGGAUGCCCUCAGAAUACAGAUGGAAGAUCGGUUUAUGGCAGCCAAUCCUUCUAAAGUCUCCUAUGAACCAAUUACAACCACACUGAAACGAAAGCAGGAGGAGGUGUCUGCUGUCAUCAUUCAGCGUGCUUACAGACGUCACCUCUUAAGGGUAAAAGUUAAACAGGUGUCUAGUAUAUAUAAUAGAAAUAAAAACAAAGAAGGAGAUGGACACAUUAUAAAAGAGAUAAUUAUUGAUAAACUAAAAGGAAACUCCACCCCAGAAAAAACAGAUGAGAGUUCUUCUACAACUUCCCCACCCUCUUAUGACAGUGUAACAAAGCCAGACAAAGAAAAAUAUGAAAAAGAUAAAGCAGAAAAGAACUACAAAGGUAAAGACAUCAGGGAAAAUAAAAAAUAAUGAUCUAAGAAUUUUGUUAAUGGGACAACUUGUUUACAGUCUUUGCGAAUGAAUCAUCAACUGGACUCCUGCAGGAGAUUUAUGCCAAACUGACAGUUUUUACACAUGUGUGUGUGUGCGUGUGCGCGCGCGUGUGUGCAUAUAUAUACAUUAUAUAUAUACUUAAGGUCAGUGCCUAUAACAAAACAGUGAACCUCCAUCAUCGGACUGUCACUCUGUUAAUCAGGGUAAAAAACUUGACAAGAGGUUUCUGUUUUCACUACAGCUGACACUGCUAAGAAUAAGGGAAAAGGUGGCUCCCUAGAGAAGAUGGAGCAUGAAAUGAGUGCAAAAAGAUACUUUAUUUCCACAACAUGUAGAACAGUAAUUCUCUUCACUGUUUGUAAUGCAACUGCCACAUUUGUCAUAUUUUUACAAAAACUGUAUUAGUGUAUUUAUCAUUUUUUAAUUCACAGGUUGUUUACUAUUACAUGGGACUAUUUUUGUAAUAGGUUUUAUGUUGGGGAAAGAGGUAUGAGGACCAGGAGUUCUACUCUCAGAUUCUCUAUAAUGUACAGAUAGGAGUGAUUUGCAUAGACAUGCUGCACUUGUCAAUCAUGCAUAAAUAAAAAUAUGACAUUGCACAAAGCUGAAGAUUUUAAGGACUUCCAUGUUUCAGGGUUGCUCUUAAAUUUGAAGUAUUCUAACUACUUGUAUGGCUGCAUCCAGACUAUGUGCAUCCAGAUUAAUGUGCCUGGAGAGUCUCCUCUAAUUUACAGGAAUCUGCAAUGACUUAUUUUUAUGUGAAUGACUAAACAUGAAUAAGUUCAUGUUUAUGUUAAAAUAUUUACAGUUCAAAAAAUAUUGUGCAGUUUCUGCACUGGAAAAAUAGCUUCACCAAAAUAUAUCUGGGAGUUCUUUUGUUUUGUUUUGGUUUUGACAGCUGUUCUUUUUUCCUGGGCUAUUUUUUGGUUACUGUCUUCUGUCAUUAUCUCCAAUAUCCAGUGAAUCCAUUAAAUACCUUUUCCAUGUAAAUAUUAACAGUAUACUGUUGUGCAUAUUUGAACAUAGAAUUAAAUGGCUUUGCCGCAUUGAAUUGCAUCAGAUAUGUACCACAGUAUGGUUAAUUUGCAAGAGCUCAACGGGACAUGAUGUAUUCUGUGUCAUAGAUAGGGGAGCAUCACUGAUGCAUGUCAAUGCUGUUGCUGCUGUACCUUGCUCCUUCACUGUCCACAGUCUCCACUAUAGGAAGCCAUGUGUCAGUGAUGAAGUGAAUCAAGUUGUCCACCCAGACCUCAUUCUUUCAAAUCAUUAAGCAAUAGUUUGCAGCUAUUUAUGAGCUUUUUUAGUUUUGCAUUUUAAAUUUGAAGUGGCUGCUAUGUCGUGUAGAAUCAGACUGUACAGGCCAUAUUGCAAACUGUUAAACCUGUUGACAAUGUGGUUAGCAUAUAUAAAUAAUGUAAAGAAAUACCAUUUGGCAACAGUUCUGUAUAUAAGAAAAGUGUCUUCAAGUUUAGAUCACUGUUUCUUAUAUUUCUUUCCUCAUUCACUUGGCUUAUUUUCUAACCACAGUAAUUCCAAACUGGCAUCAUCACACUAUGGGGAAAAAAAAGUGAGUAUUUGUAGACUAUCUUGUUUUAAUAAUAUAUUUGCAUAUAUUCCAAUGUGAAGUAAAUUGUGUAAAUCUGGAACCCAGCUUGUUUCCAAAUAGUUACAGGACAUAGCAAGGAAAGCAUUAGGGGAAUGUGUGAAUUUCUAAGCACUAUUUGCAUCAGAAAUUCCAAGAUAGUCUCAUAGUUGAUUAAAUCCUUGCUGUCUUGCAGUGUCUGUUUACAUAGUCUACUCUUAUUCUUUUUUGAAUCACAGUUCACUAGACUUGUACAAAUAAAAUAUUUCCCAAGAAAAAAAUGGCACAUUUGUAUAAUCGAAGACAUCAGAACAUUUUGUGUUUCAUGCACAAGCUAACAUUAAAUGUAGAAUCUUUCUUUUACAAAUGCUUUUGACUUGUAAUGUGUUGGUGAAAUGCAUGCAAGAAAUUGUUAUUAUCAUAAACAACGCAAACAAUAUUACAUAUGAGCCAAAAAAAUAAAGAUUUCUUUUUUAAAAAUUA